AUGUCUCAGCUCAUGGAAAGGAUGGCUCCUGUCCUGUGGCUGGCCCUGGCCUCCUGCAUUCUGACCCUGGCAUCUACAGAACAGCAAGGUUACAGAAACCCCACCAGUGCCAGUUCCUACGAGCAGGGCUUGGAGUGUGGAGCCCCUGGCACCCCAGAGGCGCAGCUCUGUUUUGACCCCUGCCAGAAUUACACCCUACUGGAUGAACCCUCCCGAAGCACAGAGAACACGGGAGAAGACGAGAAAUGUGACAGUGACAAGCACGGCUGGUACCGAUUUGUGGGAGACGGAGGAGUGAGGAUGCCGGAGGACUGCGUCCCCAUGCACCACUGCCAGACGGCUGCUCCCGUGUGGCUGAAUGGUACCCACCCCACCGUCGGGGAGGGCAUCGUCAACCGUAUCGCCUGUGCCCAUUGGAGUGGCAACUGCUGCCUCUGGAAGAUGGAGGUGCUGGUGAAGGCUUGCCCGGGCCAGUACCACGUGUACCGGUUGGAGGGCAUCCCGAAGUGUGAUCUGAGAUAUUGCACAGUGCCUGUCAACCCCGCCACCACGCAGCACAACUGUGAGAGGACCUGCCGCUCCAAGGAGGAGUGUCGCUUCGUCAGCGGCACCUGGGACUGCUUCUGCAGACAGGACCUCAAUAUCUCCGAUGUGCACAGUUUGCAGCCCCAGCUGGACUGUCAGGCCAAGGAGAUCAAAGUGUCCCUGGACAAGUGUCUGCUGGGAGGCCUGGGUUUCGGGGACGAGGUCCAUGCCUACCUUCGGGACCAGAACUGGAACUGCAGCAGCAUGAUGCAAAGAGAGGAGAACAACUGGAUAUCGGUGACCAGCCCCGCCCAGGCUGGUGCCUGCGGAAACAUUCUGGAGAGAAACCAAACCCAUGCCAUCUACAAAAACACCCUCUUCUUGGUCAACGAUUUCAUCAUCAGAGACACCAUCCUCAGCAUCAACUUCCAGUGUGCCUACCCGCUGGACAUGAAAGUCAGCCUCCAAACUGCCCUGAAGCCCAUCGUAAGUUCCCUGAACAUCAGUGUGGACGGGGAGGGAGAGUUCACUGUCAGGAUGGCCCUCUUCCAAGACCAGAACUACACAUCUCCUUAUGAAGGGUCUGCAGUCGUGCUGUCUGUUGAAUCCAUGCUCUACGUGGGCGCCAUCUUGGAGAGAGGGGACACGUCCCGAUUUAACCUGGUGUUGAGGAACUGCUAUGCCACGCCCACUGGAGACAUGAAUGACCCUGUGAGAUAUUUCAUCAUCAGAAACAGCUGCCCAAAUAAACGUGAUUCCACUAUCUACGUGGAAGAGAAUGGGGUGUCAUCGGAAAGCCGGUUCUCAGUUCAGAUGUUCAUGUUUGCUGGAAAUUAUGACCUAGUUUUCCUGCAUUGUGAGAUUUCUCUCUGCAAUUCCCUUAAAGAGCAGUGCCAGCCGUCUUGCUCGAGAAAUCAACUCCGCAGUGAAGGAGUGGCUAUCGACCCAGCCCGUGUUUUAGAUCUGGGACCCAUCACUCGCAGAGGUGCCCAGUCUCUUGGUGUCAUGAGUGGAACCACCAGCACUGCAGUGUUCCUGGUGGCCUGGCCCAUGCUUCUCCUGCCUGUCCUCCUGGCUGGGCUGUUCUGA